AUGCCCAUGAUUUUUCCACCUCUCUGAAGUCCAAUUCACACAUGGUCCGACCCACAUUACCUUAGGUUUCAUUUCAUACGCUCUCGCACCGGUCUCCUCCAAUAUAUAAGCCUCAGAUGUCAUUUCACCAUUAGUCUUCGCCUCGCGUUUUGAUUCCUUCCGUUGUGGAGAGUAGAGCUGCGGAUCUCAGAGAGCUGAAUUUGGGUGAAACCCGUCUCAAUCGCCGCCGAUCUCUCAGGCCGCUCCUUCUUUUCCGACGAGAAUAUUCCCUCGCCAUGGCGUUCUCCUCUGACCGGCAGUCUCUGAUUCCCAGCUUCAUUUAUUCCACCUCUUUCGCUUCCAAAACCCUAGCCCUCGACAGAGCUGCUGGGAGUUCCAACACUGGACUCGAGCCGUCGCCCCCCAAAAAGAGCUUCAUGAUUCCCGCUCCUAGUGAGCCAGGCAAGAUCGAGAUGUACUCCCCGCAAUUCUACGCAGCUUGUACGGCCGGUGGAAUACUGAGCUGCGGUCUUACUCAUAUGGCUGUCACCCCUCUUGAUCUCGUCAAAUGUAAUAUGCAGAUUGACCCUGCAAAGUACAAGAGCAUCUCGUCAGGUUUUGGAGUUUUAUUGAAGGAGCAGGGAGUAAGAGGUUUCUUCAGGGGAUGGGUGCCUACCCUGCUUGGGUACAGUGCCCAGGGCGCCUGCAAGUUUGGAUUCUAUGAAUUCUUUAAGAAGUACUACUCAGACCUUGCUGGACCAGAAUAUGCAUCUAAAUACAAGACUUUGAUCUAUCUUGCUGGUUCUGCUUCUGCGGAAGUGAUUGCUGAUGUCGCCCUUUGCCCCCUUGAAGCUGUGAAGGUUAGAGUCCAGACUCAGCCUGGCUUUGCUAGAGGGUUGUCUGAUGGACUUCCCAAGUUUGUGAGAUCUGAAGAUACGAUGAUGAAGUUUGCGUCUUUUGAGACUAUUGUCGAGCUUAUCUACAAGCAUGCAAUCCCCACACCCAAGAAUGACUGCAGCAAAUCCCUGCAGCUUGGUGUGAGUUUUGCUGGUGGCUAUGUAGCUGGCGUUCUGUGUGCUGUUGUGUCUCAUCCGGCUGAUAACCUCGUCUCUUUCCUCAACAAUGCCAAGGGUGCUACUGUUGGUGAUGCCGUAAAGAAGCUUGGAUUGUGGGGAUUGUUUACCCGUGGACUUCCUCUUCGUAUUGUCAUGAUUGGAACCCUCACUGGGGCUCAGUGGGGUAUCUAUGACGCUUUCAAAGUUUUUGUUGGGCUGCCGACAACUGGUGGUGCUGCUCCAGCACCGGCUGCCACAGAACUGGCGAAGGCGUAGAGUUAGUGGAAAUAUUGAUGGAGUACAAAUUUCGAGGGCAAUAAAAUUUAUAUUACAUUUGAGUUUUGCUAGCACCUGGCAGGUGGAGGAGGGUAUGCAAAUAUUAUUUUAUGAUUUUUAUAUACUCUGCUGAUUUGGUAUUUUGGAGGUCCAAUCUUCCAGCAUACUUCCAACUGUCAUGUUAUUUUUGUUGAACUAGCUAUAAUGUUAUGAAGGGUUGU